UGUGCUGUGCAAGCUAGCUUAGCCUCGCUGGGGCUAACGGCAGCAUCGGGCAGCCGUCUGUCUGACUGGCGCCUCCGAGGCGCCUGUGGUCGGCCAAUAAACCCGCUUGUUAAUGGCCUGUUAGCUACAGCAAACAAACAGGCUUUACAGUCCGUGAAGGAAGACGUUUGCUGAUAGCUUUUGCUUGCUCGCGUGAUUUACGCCAUUACCACGGGCUGUGACAUUGAAAUUGCACUGAAACAUGGAUCGUUGCGGUGUCCACGUCCUUCUGCUGCUCCUGCUGCAGACCCUGCAGAUAUCAGCUGAGGGCUCAGAUGGACAGUUGGUGUGUCUGUGUGAUGGCCCUAAAUGCCUCCAGCCCACCCAGUGCCGCGGUACACGUUGCUUCUCCUCUGUCACAGUCAGCAGCGGCGGGGUGGCGUUUGAGCGCGGCUGCCUGAAUGGGACGGAUAAAAUCCUUUUACAUUGCUUCACGGCUCCGUCCUUCCAUCAGGCCAUUUUCUGCUGCUCACUGGACAUGUGCAACAGCAACACCAACAUGAGUUCGCUGAUGUCUCUGCUUCCAACUGCCCCAGAAGGUGAGCCGGUCCGGUAUCGCGUAGAGACCUUGGCCCUCUUUGUGCUUGGUCCGGUGGUGGUUCUGGCUCUGCUGUCUGUAGUGUCAGUUUUGGCCUGCAGGAGGCUCCACCACGGCCGUCUGCAGAGGCUGCAGGAGUUUGACACAGAGCAGGGAGCCAUAGACGGCCUCAUCACCUCCAAUGUCGGAGACAGCACUUUAGCGGAUCUGCUGGACCACUCGUGUACAUCAGGCAGUGGUUCAGGUCUUCCCUUCCUUGUCCAGAGAACUGUGGCCAGGCAGAUCAGUCUGAUGGAGUGUGUAGGCAAGGGAAGGUACGGGGAGGUGUGGCGGGGCCAGUGGCAGGGCGAGAACGUGGCUGUAAAAAUCUUCUCCUCAAGAGACGAGAAGUCCUGGUUCAGAGAGACAGAGAUCUACAAUACAGUGCUGCUAAGACAUGAAAACAUACUGGGCUUCAUGGCGUCUGACAUGACUUCCCGCAACUCCAGCACCCAGCUGUGGCUCAUCACCCAUUACCACGAGAACGGUUCCCUUUAUGACUACUUGCAGCGAGUUGCCGUGGAGACGUCGGAGGGCUUGGCGAUGGCGGCGUCAAUAGCUUGCGGCCUAGUGCACCUGCACACGGAGAUCUUCGGCACAGAGGGGAAACCGGCCAUCGCGCACCGGGACCUGAAGAGCAAAAACAUCCUGGUCACAAAGGAGCUGCGCUGCUGCAUCGCAGACCUCGGGCUGGCUGUGACCCACUCCCAGGCAGACAACCUGCUGGAUGUGGGCAACAACCCAAAGGUUGGCACCAAGCGUUACAUGGCACCCGAAGUGCUGGACGAGACCAUACAGACGGACUGCUUUGAUGCCUACAAGAGAGUGGACAUCUGGGCCUUCGGGCUGGUGCUGUGGGAGAUAGCAAGACGCACAUACAGCAAUGGUAUUGUUGAGGAGUACAAGCCUCCGUUCUACGAUCAGGUGCCAAAUGACCCGAGCUUUGAGGACAUGAGGAAGGUGGUGUGUGUGGAACAGCAGAGGCCUUUCAUUCCUAACCGUUGGUUCUCUGAUCCUACUCUCUCCGCUCUGGUGAAACUGAUGAAGGAGUGUUGGUACCAGAACCCUUCCGCCAGGCUGACAGCCCUGCGCAUCAAGAAAACCCUGGACAAGAUUCACAGCUCUCUGGAAAAGGGCAAGGAGUCGUGAGGGGGAGAGGAGCCUCAGAGGCAGCUGCCUGUUGUCAGGGAUCGGCAUAGAGAAGAGCCCAGUGUUCGUUAAAGGAGAAAGGGCAAUAAGAGGGACGGACAGAGGACCAGAGGAAACAGUUGUUCAAGUGUCAUCCAGUCUCAUCCUUCUCUUGCUCUCUCACUUUCACUGUGGCUGCCUUCCACCGACAUCCCUCUCUCUGACUUGAAGCCCACACAGACGUUUGGAACAGUCCUGUCUGAAUAAGCCAGCCUUCGCUACAGGACACAAGCCUGUCGCCAAUGUGUUCGCACUGACCUGAACUGUAGACAGUUACUGAGUGUGACGAACUUGGAUGGCAAGUUGAUCCCAAUGCUUUAAUGCCCAUUUAAGACUGCUCACACACACACACACAAAACGCUACAUAAUGAGAGUCUCUUACAAUUCAAUUUCUGAUCCCAAGCCAGUGAUCGUGGCAUGCAGUCGAGGCAUUCUGCCCAUAGACAAUCACAAAUGUUUCACUCAUUUAGCUUUAUUAGAACAUGCCAACUAUCGCCACACACACACACACACACACACACACACACACACACACACACACACACACACACACACACACACACACACACACACACACACACACACACACACACACACACUACUAAACACAAAAAUAUGUUGACUUACAAAAGGAAAAGAGCCAAUAGAAUCCAAAUUGUUUUUAAACUUUUUAAAAAUAGUAUGAUAUUUAUGUAUUAAAUCUCCACUGCAACCACACUACUGAGGAUAUGUAAGACUGAUGUACACUGACUGUACGACGGUGCGUGAAACUGACUGUAUACAUAUAUAAGCAUUUACUCUACUGGACUUUCUGUACCCAUAUUGUCAUUAUUGGAGCUAGUAGGAAAUGAGUUGUUGAGAAAUAGGAGAAAAAUAGGAAAUUGUUCCCGCUGAGCUUGAUUGUUGUAUGGAAAAAACACACACAGUAAGUACCUGCCAAAAGGCAUUAGUCUGUAUCUUAUAAUAAGAAUAUGAAAUGAAUUGAUCUUCUCUUCCUGGCAACCUUCAUAAACUCACUGUGGCUGGUUUUAAAAAAAUGUCUUCUGCGCAGGAAGAGAGGAUCAACCUGUUUGUGGUAGAGCUGACUUUUUUUUUUUAAAGAUAUUGGAGCUGGAGUCGUUUUCUGUAACGAGGUGGGCCUCACUCAUCUCCCAUCUUGCCACACUGUACAAGUUGCCUGAAUAACAAAAAAAACACUCCGUCUUCAUUUGGAAAGUGUUUUAUUCAAGAUUCAUUUCAAACAGAUGAAGUUGCCUAGGUGUGCGGUUACAAAUGAAUUUGUUCACAAAUGCUGGGUUUGUUUUGGAAAAAAACUGUUGCUUUGUCUUUUUUAUAUGUAAUAAAACAUUUACUGCA